GACACCGAAGAAAAGAACAAUAACAAGAUGUCUGGACGCGGUAAGGGUGUCGGUAAAACCAGGGCGAAGGCCAAGACCAGGUCCUCCCGGGCCGGGCUCCAGUUCCCAGUCGGCCGUGUCCACAGGCUGCUCCGCAAAGGGAACUACGCCCAGCGGGUCGGUGCCGGAGCCCCCGUGUACCUGGCGGCGGUGCUGGAGUACCUGACCGCUGAGAUCCUGGAGCUGGCCGGAAACGCCGCCCGGGACAACAAGAAGACCCGGAUCAUCCCCCGCCACCUGCAGCUGGCCGUCCGCAACGACGAGGAGCUCAACAAGCUGCUGGGCGGGGUGACCAUCGCUCAGGGCGGCGUGCUGCCCAACAUCCAGGCCGUCCUGCUGCCCAAGAAGACCGAGAAGCCCGCCAAGAAGUAAAAUGGCGGAUCUCUAGCUGCUGGAACCAGCAUCCCCUAAAAGGCUCUUUUAAGAGCCAACCACACUACUC